CUUUUUAUGAAAAGGAAGAUGUGCAAUACUGCUAUGAGAAAAUGAAUGGAUCCUGCUAUAAAACACCAUGGUCUUCUGGGAUCCAAGGAACUUUGUAUGUUGUACUUGGUUUUCUCACAAUUCUUACAGUAGCAGGAAACCUGAUGGAGGAGCUGGGAACAGGGGCACGCACUCUUUUUUUCCUAGACAGAAGACUGUUCAAGAAUUCAAAACUAAGAGCUUGAGGAAAAUGAUGGACUCCGCUUUUCCUGAAAAGGAAGAUUUGCAGUACUGUUUUGAGGACAUAAAUGGAUCUUGUUACAAAAUAACACGAUCUCCUGCACUCCGAGUAGUUUUGUACUUUGUUCUUGGCUUUCUCACAAUUCUUACCGUAGGAGGAAACCUGAUGGUAAUUAUUUCAAUUACUUACUUCAAACAGCUUCACACUCCUACAAACUUUUUGAUUGCAUCUUUGGCCUAUGCUGAUUUUAGCUUAGGUCUCAGUGUACUGCCUUUCAGCGCUGUCAGAUCCAUUGAAACCUGCUGGCUCUUUGGGGAAACCUUCUGUAGAUUUCACAGUUGCUUAGUUGCAUUGUUUUGUUAUGCAUCAAUAUUUAACUUGUGUUUCAUCUCAGUUGAUCGGUUUGUUGCUGUCAAUGACCCUCUGAUUUAUCCUCUCAGGUUCACAGUGCCAGUGUCUGGACUGUUCAUAGCUGUGGCCUGGGCACUUUCCAUACUGUACAGUUUUUCAGUCUUCUACACUGGGGCUAAUGAUGAAGGGGUAGAAGAAUCAGAGAAUGCUCUCCCCUGUUCAGGGAAAUGUCAAAUUACUUUCAAUAAGACCUGGGUGUUCAUAUCCUCUCUCCUUUAUUUCAUACCUUUUCUGACAAUGAUAGUCCUUUACAGCAAAAUCUUCCAAGUAGCUAAACAGCAAGCUCGAAUGAUAGAGAGCAUGAGCAACAAAACGCAGUCCUCAGAUAAUUACAGUGACAGAGUGGGAAAAAGAGAGAGAAAGGCUGCUAAAACACUAGGUAUAGCUGUGGUUGCUUUCUUGGUAUUCUGGGCACCUUAUUGUAUGUGUGUAAUAACUGAUACUUUCCUUGACUAUGCAACUCCACCUUUUGUUGUUGACAUUGUAAGUUGGCUUGCUUAUUCAAACUCUGCCAUUAAUCCUUUGAUUUACUCUUUCUUUUAUGCUUGGUUUCGUAAAGCAAUGAAAGUGAUUGUGAGCUGUAAAAUAAUAAUGUAUGAUUGCUCAGCAAUGAAUUUAUUGUCAGAAUGGUAAUGCAAUAUAUUUCUCCUAUGUUUCCAUUAGAGAUCACAGAAAGUCCUGUAGGUAUUGAAUUUUGAAUUGUGGUAUUUUUGAUUUUCAGGUUUACUACAUGAUUUUUUUGAUCUGAAUGAAAAGAAUUCUUAAGUAGAA